AUGAAAGCUUUUGGUAGAUGCACGCGGCUCCUCGUCAGUCUGAUUCGUCCGGCUGCUGUUGCUGCUGCCCCCGCCAUUGCUCCUGCACAGCCCCAACUGUCAACAAACCAACAGGAACUUCGGUCCCAACAGUCAGCAGUCAAGGAGGAACUUCAGUCUCAACAGUCAACACUCGAGGUAGAACUUCAGCCUCAACAGUCAACAUUCGAAGAGGACUCAAUGACAGAAGAGGGCUUUCUUCUGGUUAACAUUUGGAAUACAGGCUCACUAAAACAGUGCUUAAGGAACUUGAUAGCCUGCUUUAAGAAGAUAAACCAUCCAAUCCAGUUUGAAGCAGCCCACUCACCAAAUGGCUCCAGUUGCAGCAGCCCAACGCAGUUUGAGUAUACCUACAGGGAUGAUUUGGUCCACAAAAAUAACAAUGAUCAGUGUCAACCAUUUAAAUCAUUGUUUUUGCUGGAUCAGGGGGAUAUCUACCCUAUAGACUAUGGCAAAUUAUUGCAGCUUGAAGAUAUGAUUCACAAACAAAGUGUCAAACCUGGCAGUCAACAACUUCUGUAUGAUCUCUUCGAAGAGAACUCGAAUGUGGUAGACAGCUUCUUGUGCGAUUUCUUCAACUCAGUUGGUCUUUCCAUAGAUGCAUGGACCUGUAUGGUUGACUGUGAAUCGGCAAAGAGAUGUGUUAUGAACUUUAAGGUCAUGGCUGGGCUACUUUGUUUGAUGAAGAGUGAAUUAAAUGAAGUUGAAUGCGUAUCGUUUGACCAGGACCUAAAAGACUGCUAUUUCGCCUUGUGUGCCAGACAACCUAUACAGAAUCUCAUUGAUGCUGCAGAUUUAGUUAGUAAGUGGAAGUGGUCUGCUUCUGACAUCUAUCCAAUGCUAAUUCUCUAUGAAGCAAUUGCUGAUGUCCUUCGAGCCAUUUCUGAUCCAAAUGUAUCCAGCAGAAUAUUUCUGCAGAUGCAGGUUAAUUUUGAAGGAAUAUUUGAUAGGAUUAAAAUCUUCAUAGGUGCUAACCUGAAUGGUUCAUGUGAAAUAACACAUGACAGGCAUCCAAUGACCAAUUUUCUUAUACACUCGAUGGAACUGUUUGCGAAUCACAACAGUAUAGUUCGGUGUAUUUUUGUUGCUGAUGCCACCAGUUCAUUGGGCGAUCUUGUUCUUGAGGUGAUAAGAUACUGGGCAGAUGAACUCAAGAGACACUCUGAUUCAUAUGCUGAAGGUAAAAGGUACAUUUUCCUAUUGAACAAUAUGACUCAUUUUACUUGGGAAACAAAGAAGCCAUUGCAAGUAUUAGUGCCGAACAGUGAGUAUGGUAAGAUCAUUGAGUUCUUGGAGUCUCUGAUCACUAUGUACACCACAGAAUACCUUGUCAAAUGCUGGGGCCCAGUUGGGAAAUGUGUGGAACUCAGUUCUGGGAGUAAACCCUGCUUGGCAUCAUUGGGUGAAUUCAUACUACACUUUGAAGCUAUCAUUAACUGCCAAGGGACGUGGGUACUUGAAACCAACCUCAAGAACAAAUUGCGAGAAGAAAUAAAAAACUACAUUACUCCAUGUUAUCGUACAUUCUUGCAAGAGCUGCGGAAGAAGCUACUUUUGCGCUCCAUGCUCUUAAUUCGGAAGCAUUGUUCUGGUCAGCAGGGUAAGUAUAUGACUGCUGAGCAAUUGGACAAUCACGUGGACAAUUUAUUUGAGUCAGGAACCUGA